AAUGUGAAAAUGGCGACUAGUUAUGCGGGAGGGCAAAGCCCUACCACAUUUUCAAAGACUUUAGAACGUGUUUUUGAGGAUGCUCAGCAUACGGGCGAAGUGAUAUUAAGCGGACGGAAGCUAAAGGAAUAUCCUAAUAUAUGUAGCAAGUUUGAUUUGGUGGACACAAUCGUGUCAGAUUUGUCAAAGAACCGCUUAACAGAGGUGCCUUCAGAAAUAUGCGAGUACACCUCUAUGGAGAGGCUGAACUGCUACCACAAUGUGAUACGGUCAAUCCCUCAGGCCAUCGUCCAAUUACAGGCUCUCACACAUCUCAAUCUCAGUCGCAAUAUGCUGUGUACAAUACCCCCGUUCAUCUGCCAGCUCCAAGCGUUGGAGGUGCUCAUAGCCAGCAAUAACAAGCUUGUCUCACUUCCUGAAGAGUUGGGGCGACUGGACAGACUGAUGGACCUGGAUGUCAGUUGCAAUGAGAUUUCUUACCUCCCAUCCCAAAUUGGUGAUCUUGACUCAUUACGAAUCUUAAAUAUCCGUAGGAAUUUAUUAAUAGAAUUACCAUCAGAAAUUUGUAAAUUGAAAUUAAAGAGAUUAGAUUUCUCAGAAAACAAGAUAUCUUCAAUACCUACAGUUUUCAAAAAUAUGGAGAUGUUAGAAGACAUGGUGUUAGACCAUAACCCUCUGACUUCACCACCUGCCCAUGUGUGUAAGAAGGGCCGUGUCCACAUCAUGAAGUAUUUACAAAUAGAGGCCCUGAAGGAAGACCGUAAGAGAGGAGUGCUGAGUGAUACGGACAUGAAACGACUAGUCAGGAAAUCUCUCCCUCAACAACCUGCUGGGUCUGACGACUUCAAGCAUAUCAGUGACUCACCAGGCUGGAAGAGGCACACAGUGGUCGGUAACGACUCUGGCUACAACACCACCGACAGUAAUGAGAAGUGCAAUUGGUCACCCAUGGAGGUGAUAAAUGACUUUGACGAGGUCAAUGCACUGGCCCUGAAGGCUGGUGAGGCAGUCAAGGAACAACGACAACACCGGGAGCUCGAGGCCCAGCGCAGACUGACAGGAGAUCCUCGAAAACACCACCCAGUGCCCGCCUCGCCCCUCGGGAAUCACGUCUCCGAACCCCCGCCCCCACCCCCUCACCAGAACUAUUCAGCCUCGGGUCGCCUUCAUCCUCCCCAGUCCCCACAGAACAGCCGUCUCAUUGGUCAGUCACGGGGGUUCCAUGGUCACUCCCAGUCCCAACUACCCAACUCCCACUCCCCACUCCCCCAUACACGGUCCCAUUUCCAUGGCCACCCCCCUCACCACCAGCCCGCUUCUCCAGUCCCUCAUGCCCCUUCACCCAACCACUAUGCCCCCUCGCCGGUGCCUGACGAUACAGUGCCCCAGAACGCCCCAGUAUCGUCCCCGGAGAGCGCCGCUGAAGACGCCUUUACAAGGGAGCUUCAACGGCAAAAGGCUGACUAUGAACGGCGUAAGAAAGUGGCAGAACAAAUUCGGAUGCAACAACAACAGCAGGACGAACAAGAGCGGGAUGAAAGGCGACGGGCUACCCUCAAGAUUCAGGAAGAACAGCAAAGGGUGCUUGAACAGAAGAAAGAGCAGAUGCGACGAGAAGCAGAGGCCAGGCGACAGGAAAACAACAAUGCUUCCGAAAAAGAGACUGUAGUGACACCAACAGGCCCUGGCUCCUCCCCUUCAAGAGCAGCCCUUGCGGCCACCCAGACGAACGCUCGGGGAACCACCCCAGCUCAAACUCCAACCCAGCCAAAGAAGAAACUGGAGAACAAGCGACUACCUCGCCCUGCCCGGCGUGUCACAAAUGAAAGUUCCAGCAGUUUUAUUCCCAUUCCCGUGGUGCAUAUGAACCAUGAGGAGAACCACGACACAUCUUCACCCGAAUCACCAAGCAUGCUUCCUAGGAAGACCAUUGGUUCUGGCAGUGCUCGAGAGGAAAGACGGGGCGUAGGAACGACGUCUCAGUAUCGACGGACAUCAUCCGAUGUUCAGCCAGGGAGAGCUGGACGUGCUGCGAAUGCUGACAGUCACAGAAAUGGUGUCUCAGAAGAGAAGGUGAAGUCUGCAGGCCCCAGCCCUGCCAGUUCUGUCUCCUCCAUAGCCUCUAACCCCAGGAGUACCUCUAGUCCCCGUCAUGCCCCCACCGUCAGGAAGGUGCCCAUUGAGGACCGCCGUACCGCUUCCACGGCAUCUCCAGUCACGCGGCGCACCAAGGCUGCGACCUCCACGACAAACACAACCACCAAAGCACGUAGCACCACUUCCACGAUUGCCAGUAGGUCUCGAACCACAGGAACCGCUGGUGGACGAAUGGGAACCACGAAGCAAGUCAAUCACAUGACCCCGGAGGAGGAGUUUCGCAUGCGGCAUGAAGCGGUUGUUGGUCAUCAGCGGACGCAGACGCAAAUAUUACGUCAGCGUCUGGAAGACGAGAAGAAUAAAAUAUUACAGGCCCAAAAGGAGGCUGCCCGAGAGACCGUGCUUAAUUUCAUUUCCAAGAGGAGUGUUUUCAAUGGAGAUGACGGCAAGCACACGGGUAGAAAUAACUUCACCGGGGCUGGCACCAGGAACCGUCAAGUGUUGACAUCAGACGCUAUCAAGAUGCUGGAGGAUUACAAGGAUGGUAAUCCUAACUACACCAUCCGACGUCAGCAGGAGCACGCCAGGGAGGAGAUUGAACAGCUGGACAUGCUACGCAAUCACAUUGAAUCUCGACUCAAGGUGAAACUCCCGGACAACCUGUCUGACGCUUUACGGGAUGGGGUUGUACUCUGUCACUUAGCCAAUCAGAUUCGGCCGCGAUCCGUGGCCAGUAUUCAUGUCCCUUCCCCUGCUGUGCCAAAACUUACACUAGCAAAAUGCCGCCGCAAUGUUGAAAACUUUCUCGAGGCAUGUCGGAAGAUAGGCGUCGGCAACGAACAGAUCUGUUCAGCUCACGACAUUUUGGAGGAGAAAGGAAUCUUACGUCUGGUGAUAACUGUGGGCUCAUUGGUAGCCAUUUCCACCAAUCCCAAACAGUCCGCAGUCUGACUAGUGUGGGCGGAGCUGCUAGGGGGCGUGGCCUCCAUUAUCAUCAUGUUUGUUCUUUUGGUGACAGCCUCAGAACACAUGGGGCUUAAUCCUUACUGGUGACCCAUGGCAACACAGGUGUAGCGCAUUUCUACCUUCAAAGAGUGAAGAGCUUCAAGAAAAUAUGCUUUCUGACAUAUUGUACCUCCAAGUGCAAAAGAUCUACAAGUUCUACAAAAUCUAUCUCCCGAGCCUGAAGAGCAACUAGGAAGUUGUACCUCCCAGAACAGAAAUUCUACUGGCAAGAGUUCAGACACCACUGUGUCCACUUUGUUAAUCAGAAGAGGUGCACUGUACAAUUAUUUUUGGGGAAAAAAUGUGAUAAUCAUGCAAGAUUACUUAGAGAAGUUAGUGCAUAAAAAUCCUGUGCAGUUACCUUUAACUUUGUUUUAGUUUAAAGUUUUGUUUUUGUAUGAAAUUUGAUUUUUCAAGAAAGGUGAGUACUCAUUAACUCUAACUACUGUCACAAGAUCAUAUCGGCUGUUCGUAAAAUGUGCUCUGAUAUAUAGAGGUAUUUCUCAACUCACACACAUGUUCACUUGAUCAAAAUGUUUACUGUAAAAAUUAUCUGAAUGUUGCGAAACUUUCAGAAAUGACGCUUGUGUUUUAACCAGUUUGUGAAUGCCUCUAUUUCUGAAACCGAUUUCCUCUGAAACACU